CAGAUUCAGAGAAGAGGAGCGAGAAGAGGAGGGAGGAGGUGGAAGAAGAAGAAAAGGAAGAAGGAGCCUUCGUGGAAGGAAGAGGGGAAGCAGAAAACCGAGGGAAACACGACGUUUCCAGUUAGUAGUGCAAGGUCGACGAGGACUCAAGACGAAGAGGAAGACGAAGGAGAUCAAGACCAUGAAAAAGCAACAAGAAACAGAUCAACGCGUGGUUUAGUGGUUGGUGUUUCGCAGAUGUGACAUCAAGAGGAUCAAACCUCAGCUUUAGAGGAGCUGGAUUUGAGCUCAAUCCGAAGGUUUGUGGCCCAAUUGGAUUUCGAAUCAAAGUCUGGAUAACUCGGUGGUUCCAAAAUGAGAACACGUGAAGAUUGGGGAACUCUAAUUGGAGAAGCACAUCAAACCAACGGUUUGGAGGAGAUCACGUGGCUUUGAAAGGGAACAAUUCCAGAGCUAUCACACAAACAGAGAGGCAACAUAAAAAAUGACCACAUUUACCGAGGCUGAUAGGCGAAAAAUCUUGGAAUCGCUCACAGCGGAUGAGUUGGCCACUUUCAAGGAAGCCUUUACUGUCUUCGACAAGAACCAAGAUGGAACCAUUACAACCAAGGAACUCUCCACCGUGAUGAGGUCUUUGGGCCAAAAUCCCACCGAUGCCGAAGUCCAAGACAUGAUUAAUGAGGUCGACGUGGAUGGCUCCGGAGCCAUCGAAUUUCCAGAAUUCUGCGUCAUGAUGGUCAAGAAGAUGCAGGAAUCCGAUACGGAGAACGAGAUCAGAGAGGCUUACCGCGUGUUUGACAAGGAGCGUACGGGCGUGAUUGCCAUCAGUGAGAUGCGUUUGAUCCUCUCGAAUCUGCCGGAAAAGCUCAGUGAAGACGAGAUUGAAGAGAUGCUCCACACAGCGGAUCGGGACGGAAAUGGCGUGUUCAGCUACGAAGAGUUCAGAAUGAUGAUUGGAUCUACAAUGUCCAUGAAAUGAGCAGUGUUCCUCGGGGAAAAGGCUGAUGACGAUGCUCCACAUUGGGCGGACGUAUUUUCACGUUGAAAAUAAGGCGCCACACAAACUAUGUGCACAUCAGAGAGCGAGCGUUGAACGGACACGAGAUGUAUGGUCUCGAUUAUAGGGUAGAAGGAAUGUGGGUCGUGUUUCCAAUUUUGGAUGUGAAGUGCAUGUGGCCUUUGAUGUAUCGAUACUCUCCUCCCUCCACGUCUCCAUACCCACCGAAUUGCAUUGGGGCCUCUGGCUGGUUAUGAUCAGCAAAUCAUGGUGAUCACGCUGCUUAAAGAUACUGCAUUGGAAAUGCUACUUCGCAUAUUGCCAGGCGAAAAACGAAGCCGAUGAUUGCGAUUGUGCUUCCGCCCAUCCAUUCAAGGUUCGAGGAAAAGCCAAGUGUCUUUUCAAUAAUUUACAGCCAGAGUCCGAGCAAAUGAAUUUAUUUACCAGUAUACCAACCAUUAUGUGAUGUGAUGUGAGAGGGAUUGUAGUGACACAUACGCCAAUCAAUAAAAUGACGAAAGCA